ACCUUCUCUCUUCCAAUCCAGACAAAGGGAGAGGAAGGCAGAUCACCGGUGGCGCGCGCUGAGCAUCUGAGCACCUUGGAGACGCCACUGAUUUGAUCCGACGCGCACGGCCACCGGCACGCACGCCCUCCCGCUCCACCUGAACGCUGCAGGUCGGUGAAUUGUCCUGUUCGGAGGCCACGGAGCCCAGAUUCGGUCGCAGCCAGAACGCCGUGUUCCCAUGAUGUCAUACCUGUGGAUUCUGCUCUUAAGCGGCUUGUUGGCUUCAAGCGCCAAGGCACAAGACGACGUAGACACAGCAGUCGAGGCCGUAGGAGACCCUGAGACCCCAGUAGACGACGCUGAGCCAGAAGUCAAUGCGGAGGAAACACCUGCAGAACCUGCAGCUGAUGACGCUGAAGCAGAUUCUGCAGCUGAUGACGCUGAAGCAGAUUCUGCAGCUGAUGACGCUGAAGCAGAUUCUGCAGCUGAUGACGUCGAGGCAGAUUCUGCAGCUGAUGACGUCGAGGCAGAUCCUGCAGCUGAUGAUGCUGAAGCAGAUCCUGUAGCUGAUGAUGCUGAAGCAGAUCCUGUAGCUGAUGAUGCUGAAGCAGAUCCUGUAGCUGAUGAUGCUGAAGCAGAUUCUGCAGCUGAUGACGUCAAAGCAGAUCCUGUAGUUGACGACCCCCAACCGGAUCCUGACAGCGCAACAGAACCUUCUCCUGUAGUUGACGACCCCGAACCGGAUCCUGACAGCGCGACAGAACCUUCUCCUGUAGUUGACGACCCCGAACCGGAUCCUGACAGUGCGACAGAACCUUCUCCUGUAGUUGACGACCCCGAACCGGAUCCUGACAGCACACCAGAACCAUCUUCUGUGGUUGACGACCCCCAACCUGAUCCUGACAGCGCAACAGAACCUUCUCCUGCAGUUGACGACCCUAAACCGGAUCCUGACAGCGCAACAGAACCUUCACCUGUAGUUGACGACCCCGAACCGGAUCCUGACAGCACACCAGAACCUUCUCCUGUAGUUGACGACCCCCAACCAGAGCCGGGCAGUGUGACAGAACCUUCCUCUGUAGACGAAGAAGACACACAACCGGCUGAAAAAGCAAUCAAAGGUCUAGAAGUUGAGAUUAUUGGAUCACAUAAUCCUGUACAGAAUGCACCAUAUGAUGAGCCCACACCAGAAACAGACCUGGAGGGGGGACCAGCUGAUUUUACUACUAUCAAUAUAAACAAUGAACUUGAUAAGAUAAUUCCAAAUGUCCGACAAGGAUCGAGGUCAUAUAUACCUUCAGAUGGCGAAGAUGCUUUAUCGAACUCCGACACAGAUUCUAAAAUCAGUCAACAUGAAGGCCAGACUGCUGGCUCCCAAGGCGGUGAUCAACCUCAAGCCCGGGGAGCUAGCUCCACCACCCUAGCAGGCAUCCUGUGUGCCAUUGGUGUGGCUGCCGUGGGAGCAGUCGCCGGGUACUUCACCUACCAGAGGAAGCAACUGUGCUUCAAGACCGGACCGGAAGCUGAUCCAGAAGCCGGACGCAAAGCCGAUGCAGCAGAGGCUCAGUCAGAUCCCCAGGUCCUUAACACGCUGCUGAAGUCAGACCAGCAAUGAGAAUCGAACCCCGAAGACCAACGGGCAAGAAGCAGAGUUUAUCCUCCAUCCUCUGUAGAGCUGAGACUUAAUGAGGCCUCAAAGUAGGGGCUGUGUGUGUGCGUACGUGUUUGUGUGUCUGGGUGGGUGGGUGGGGGGGGGGGUCUGGGGCAGGGGGUGUUAAAGGAUAAAUACAUUAAUUGUAUAUGAACCUUCUGAUUGUGAGAAAAAAUAAAUUUAUUCAAAUAAUUGGUCAGAUUUUCUACCUUAAGCCAAAUCUAGCAAUGUUUAUUCCGAGUGGCCAUUAGAGAGAUUAAAUCUCACAUUUCGUGUGGCCAUAAAAUGGACACUCUACCUUUUUUUUUGUAUGGCUACUCUCCACUUCUGUUAAUUCAGUGUAAAUAUAAACUAGUGACAGAUGUUGAUGUUGUACAUGUUUACCUUUGUACUGAAUUCUUACAGGUAGAUUUUUUUUUUACAAAUUCUACCAUUAUUUGAGCCAUCCCAAUGACCAGUCAUAUAAGACAGACAUGUUUUUAUUUUUCACCUGUCAGCACAAGUCCAGGAUAGUUAGAUAACAAGGGGCUUCAAUGACUACCACUGUAAAUCCUGGACUGUGGCUGGAAAUAACACUAGAGAAUUAUAAUCCUGUGAUUCUGUAGAUGUUGUUAUACGGUCCAGCGUGUGUUAGAGGGCCAUUGAUGUCACUAAGUGUCUUUUUGUAUGGUGAAGGGUUGUAAUUGUAACUGUUGGGUGAACCGCCACUUCUCCUCAGACAGUUGAAUCAAUUAAAUCGAAAUUAGCGAACUACAGCAGCUCAAUCCUCACAGAUCGACUGAUUGGCCAAACUCACAAUUAGCUCCUAUUUCCCCCCGACAUGUAAAAUUUACUGACCUAUACUGUGUGAGUUGAAGCGGAGUCUAGUCCAACCCUUAUUUUGGUCAAUGACUGGAUGUUCAACUAUGAUGAACAAAUUCAAAAGAGGCCAUGAGAUGAUGUUUAAACAUUGUUCUGAUGUACUGUUGUAUGUGUCGGUCUAGUGGUGAUGCAGUCGUUUCUCCUAUAUAGUGCCUUUUUUUACUGAUACAGCCUGGCUUGACCAAUUUACAGACACACAGGAGGAGCUGUCACCUCGAAAAUGGAAAUAGUUAAACUAGUAUAUGAAUGUAUAAAAAAUAUUCUUAAGGAAAGCAUAUUUAUUAGUUCAUCAACCCAAAUGAAUUAAGUUUUAAUUACUUUUAUCUUCUCAUAGUUUCAUCAGUGAUACUCUCCUCACUGUGUGUCUCUCCCCUUGAACCAGCCAGUUGCUGUUACGCCGUUUUUUUUAAAUGUCUUUCAUUCACACUGUAUCUCCACCUUACAAACACCCUUGGCCUGUGAUUUAAAUAGGAGUCUAGCAUUCAGCGGUGGUGCUUCAGAAACGCGUGAGUCUUCAGUCAACUUGUUUGCUGUGGUAUUUUGUGAUUUUUUUUAAACGUGAAAUGCCCAGAAGCAGCGCUACUGCAUUCAAAAGAAGAGUUUGAUCCUGCUACCAUAGCACAAACAUAUGGAUUUCUGAAUGUCUUUUUGUUGCCUUGCAGUUUUGUACUUGCUCUGCUCCCUUUAAACUUCCGGUAGAGUUAGAAAAGACGCAUAGUGCAGCAGUUUAUGUAACGUGUGUUAAUUGUAAAGAACCAUAUAGCUGCAAUACAGGACAGAGACUGUUGCUAACAGCCUAGCCUCGAACUAAGACAUAUAAAUAAUCUGUGAUGUCACUUAUUGAUUAAUUCUACUGUAUGAACUGUGGGCUGGACUUGAGUCAAAGCUCUAAAAUGCCUUCUUAUGGAGUAAUCUGUGAACAAGUGGAAAGUGUGCCUGGAACCUUUUACUGCACCUGCUACACUGGCACCGGCUGAUAAUGCACAAAAAACACAACACCUACUAAAUCGUACAAGGUUAAGAAACAACCACAGAUGCCUUCAAAGUGGAACAUUCCCCUUUUAAGGCAGCUCCCGCAUUCACUGAGUGCCGCAGGAAUCAGCGUAGGCACUCUGCUGCCUAGAGCACAAUAACAAACCCUACUCACACCGAUUAGGUUUAACGAGACUGAAACGACACUGUAGAUUGCGUUAAACAAAGUCAGGACUGCUUGUGUGCUACAUAUAGACAUCCUAACAUGUCGGAUUCCUAGUUAACACAAACCAGAAUGUAAAUAAAGGGAAUCAUUGACUUUUAGGGUUUUGAAGUGCACUUUGCAGACAAUGCUAGGGCAUCAAUCAUGGGACUGACCGGUCCUGCCUUAUACCACCUCUCGAGUGUUCCGCAGAGGGAAACAAUCAACAAUUUAGCAUCCGAACAGUGACUCAACCAGAGAUGUUUUGCAGGUGAUUGUAAGGUCACAAGAUUUGUAAUGUAUGGGGAGAAGCACUUUCUUAUCCUGUAUACAUCUUGAUUCAUUAAACAUAUUUAGACAAUUCCUUUUUUUUUUACUUAGACUAAAUUUUAGCCUUUUAUUUAAAUGUUCGUAUUGUGUUUUUAAUUUGUCUAGAACUUGUCAACUUAGUUUUUGUUGCCUGGCACUUCUCGAAUCGAGUAAAUAAUGUUUGACGACUUAAUUAAACAUUUUUGUGGGAA